AUGCCUGGUGCGGGGCGGCCGAUCACCGUGGAUAGGAGGAGCCGGAGGUCCUUGGCUUCAGCGCUGCGGCUAGCUCUGCAGCUCCACGGCCGGGCUACCUUUGCCGCGAAGCCGGACCAAGGCAGGGUGGCUCAAGUCGUGUCGACGUGCCCCACCUCCAAUCACAUGAUGCGUGGAGGAAGACACACCCGUUUCGCCCACUGGCGGUUCAUACACCGGGCACGGCUGAACACCUUGCCGCUGAACGGGUGUCGGAGGUGGGGCAAUGAAGACCGUCGUUGUAGACGUUGUGUAAGAUACGAUGAGACGACAACCCACGUGCUGUGUCACUGCCUGCCAAUGAUGCCCGUGAUUACAAGAAGACACGAUGCCAUCCUGGAGCUACUGUCAUCGGAGAUCCAUGGGCACCCUCAGGAGAUGGAGACUCGACUGGACAAGAGGGUGCCGUUCCAGGAGCUCGUGCCGGACGUGGAAGUCCCGGAGGAGGUGGCCAGCUGCCGACCGGACAUCGUGGCGAUCGACCGGAGGAACAAGAUCAUACGCCUAGUCGACGUCACGGUGCCGUAUGAAGACGGGUGGCAGUCGGUGACGACGGCCAGGGAGAAGAAUAUCGAGAAGUAUGCUCCUGUGGCGCGACUGCUCUCGGCUGGGGGCUAUAGAACAUCGGUGGACGCCUUCGUGGUGGGGUCCCUAGGCGACUGGGAUUCCGCCAACUGGACUACCCUCAGCCGCUUGGGAGUUGACCGCCGCAGAGGUACUGCCCUGGCCCGGCGCUGCGUCUCCGUGGCCAUCAAGUGGAGCCGGGUCAUCUACGUCGAGCAUAUAACGGGCAUCCGGCAGUACGUGGGCUAA